AAUUGGCGCUGAAUUAAUUAAUUAAUUACCAAUAUGCAGUCUUUCUUGAAAUCCGGAAAACUGGGAAGCUCAUGCCUUGAUAAAGGCGCAUCUACUUCGAAAACGUCUAAAAAAUCGAAGCUAGUCCCAUGGGUUGAAAAAUAUCGCCCAGAAACUGUAAAUGAUGUUGUGGAACAGAACGAAGUUGUGGCAGUCCUUGAGCAAUGUAUCAGUGGAGCUGAUUUACCGAAUUUGCUCUUUUAUGGACCUCCAGGUACUGGUAAAACUAGUACGAUAUUAGCUGCUGCUAAACAACUCUUUGGAGAUAUUUACCGAGAGAGGAUUUUGGAGUUGAAUGCCUCUGAUGAGAGAGGAAUACAAGUUAUAAGGGAUAAAGUGAAAUCUUUUUCUCAGUUAACUGCCAGUGCAGUAAGACCUGAUGGAAAACCUUGUCCUCCCUUCAAAAUCGUUAUCUUAGAUGAAGCUGAUUCUAUGACGCAUGCAGCUCAGGCAGCUUUGAGGAGAACUAUGGAAAAAGAAACAAAAACCACAAGAUUUUGUUUGAUUUGCAAUUAUGUCUCGAGGAUUAUAGAACCAUUGACUUCUCGUUGCAGUAAAUUCAGAUUUAAGCCACUGAAUGAAGCCAGGAUUCAUGAACGGCUUAGGUUAAUAUGUGACAAAGAAGGAAUCAAUUGUGAUGACACCACUUUGAAUACCUUGGUAGAAACCAGUGGAGGAGAUAUGAGAAGGGCCAUAACUUGUCUUCAGAGUUGUUCAAAAUUACAAGGAAGUGAUUCACCUAUAAGCGAGAAAACUGUGUUGGAAGUGACGGGGGUUGUUCCUUCACAUUGGUUAAAUGAAUUUGUUGAAGUAUGUAAAAAAAAGAAUUAUAUGGAGGCAGUGGAUUUCAUAAAAAAAUUUGGAUAUGAAGCAUAUUCUGCAUCUCAGUUUUUGGAACAGUUCAAUGAGUAUUUGAUCGAAUCAGACAUUUUUUCUGAUGAGCAAAAAGCUAUUAUAGGAGACAAAUUAGGGAGUGUUAACUUUUAUGUGCAAGAUGGUGGCAGUGAAUAUAUUCAACUGUGUUCACUUGCAGCAACAGUUUGUAUGGUUUAUUCUUAAAAAUAUGUUACAAGUAACUUUUUUCUGCAGUUUAUAAUAAAUUAUUUUCAAUA